AUAAUAAUAAUCUUGAUUAGGCUGUUGUGACAAUGAACAACUUCCAAAUGUACCGGCACAUCAUGAGCCCUGGCUGGACCCUAUCAUGGGGGUGGGCUAAGAAGGAAGUGAUAUGGUCAAUGGUAGGAGCACAAACCACAGAGCAAGGAGAUUGUUCUAAGUUCAAAGGCAAUGUGCCUCAUUGCUGCAAGAGGAAUCCCACAGUUGUUGAUCUGCUUCCAGGAGUGCCUUACAAUCAGCAGAUUGCCAACUGCUGCAAAGGUGGGGUGGUGGCCUCAUGGGGCCAAGACCCUGCCUCUGCCGUUUCCUCGUUCCAAGUUAGCGUUGGCCUUUCUGGGACAUCCAACAAGACCGUCAAACUUCCCACGAACUUCACCCUCCUCGGCCCUGGGCCAGGCUACACUUGCGGUCCUGCAAAGAUCGUACCUUCCACUGUGUACUUCACUCCUGAUCACAGACGGAAAACGCAAGCAUUAAUGACAUGGAACGUGACAUGCACUUACUCACAACUUCUGGUAUCCAAGCACCCAACCUGUUGUGUUUCCCUCUCUUCGUUCUACAACGAGACAAUCGUUCCUUGCUCAACUUGCUCUUGUGGCUGCGAGAACAAGAAAGACUGCAUCAAGAGUGAUUCAGAUAAGCUGAAAAAGGCAGGAAUAAACACCCCAAGAAAGGAUAAUGUCCCAUUGCUGCAAUGCACCUAUCAUAUGUGUCCGAUACGUAUCCAUUGGCAUGUUAAGAUCAACUAUAGAGAGUAUUGGCGCGUCAAGAUCGCCAUCACUAAUUUCAACUACAGAAUGAACUACACACAGUGGACGCUUGUGGCACAGCAUCCCAAUCUCAACAAUGUUACCCAAGUCUUCAGCUUUGAUUACAAGCCCCUUGUCCCUUACCAGUCCAUAAAUGAUACAGGCAUGUUUUAUGGCAUGAAGUUUUACAAUGAUCUGCUCAUGGAAGCUGGACCGUAUGGAAAUGUUCAGACUGAAAUACUGUUAAAGAAGGACAAGAAUACAUUUACACUGAAGCAGGGAUGGGCGUUCCCACGGAAAAUUUACUUCAAUGGCGAUGAAUGCCAGCUGCCACCUCCUGAUGCAUACCCAACUUUACCAAACUCUGCCCACAAAAACCUCAUCUCAUUUUCAAGAAUUGCAGGUUUUAUGGUUUUGGUCUUUGUCUUUGUGUAAUUACCACUUUUGAGAUCUUUCCUGGAAUUCUUGAUUUUUGACAGAUAACUGCUACCGAUUUUCAAAUUUUCAUCCGUAUGCUAACAUACCUGCAUUUUGAACAGUACUGACUUGAAAAGAACAUGAGACUGGAAAAAGAUUUCACAACUUAAAUUCUGCAAAAUAGAUAAGAACUUUACAAUGAAUUUGGCCUUCGAGUUCCUCUAAUAUACUUUUCCUGGGGGGUUAUUUUGUACAUAUACAAUCAAG